AUGUUAAAUGGAUUCAUAGCUUUCUUUUUUAACUUAUCGCUUUCUCCUAUUUUCUUUCUCUCUCUUUCACUUUCAGUGAAUAAAAAUCCACCCGCCUUUAUUUUUAGAUUAUUUUUCCUCUCUUUCUUUUUUUACAUCAUUGUUUUCCACUUUGUUCUUUGCUUUCUUUUUUUUAAUGUUUAUAUAUUCGUUCUUUCUUUCUUUUUUUCUUAUCCCUGUAUUUUACCGCCUUUCAUUUCUUUAUAUCGCUCUCACCUUUUUUUCUUCUCAAUAUUUUUGCAUUUUUUUCUUUCUUUCUUUUAUAUCCCUAAAACUUUCUUUCUUUUUUUUUUUUUUUUUUGCUUUGUUCCCUUUUUUCUUCUUCUCAAUCUUUUUGCAUUCUUUCUUUCUUUUGAAUACUUCUUUCUUUCCUUCUUUCUUUCUUUCUUUCUUUCUUUCUUUCUUUCUUUCUUUCUUUCUUUUAUAUCCCUAACACUUUCUUUAUUUUUUUGCUUUGUUCCCUUUUUUUUUCUUCUCGAUCUUUUUGCAUUCUUUCAUUCUUUUGAAUACUUAUGUCUACUUUCUUUCUUUCUUUCUUUCUUUCUUUCUUUCUUUCUUUCUUUCUUUCUUUCUUUCAUGUACCUAACACUUUCUUUCUUUCUUUCUUUCUUUCUUUACUGCCUCAUACCUUUCCCUUUUUUCUUCUUCUCAAUCUUUUUUGCAUUCUUUCAUUCUUUUGAAUACUUAUGUCUACUUUCUUUCUUUCUUUCUUUCUUUCUUUCUUUCUUUCUUUCUUUCUUUCUUUCUUUCUUUCUUUCUUUCAUGUACCUAACACUUUCUUUCUUUCUUUCUUUCUUUUGCAUUGUUCCCUUUUUUCUUCUCAAUCUUUUUGCAUUCUUUCCCUCUUUUGAAUAG